UUGUGCAAUUUAGAUUUAAACAUACUUUCACCAAAUGUUGCAUCGAGAGUUCGACAUGAACUUGGUAGAUUAUCUCUCAAGUUACAAAUAGCAAUAAACAUGUCCAAAUUUUGGAGUCUCCCUGAAAAUCAACCUCCUAACUUUGCUUAAACAUAUCGGAUAAAAUGGCCUAAGGAAAUAAAUCAGGUUUGGUAAUGAAAUAAAUCUUUUAUGUACACAACUUUAGAACGGAGUUCUCCGGGCGCGCGAAGCGCGUGAGCGUAGCCCCAUAGCUAUAGAAAUAUGGAAACCUGUGGAUCCGAGAAAACUUGGUUAUGACGUCAGCGUACCCCCGAAAGACCCUCCGUACAGACUCUGGGGGAGGGAGAAGGGAUUCAGGAGUCAGCACGUCGGGGGGAGGAGUUUGUACCGACUGGUACUUUCGUACAUGAGAGGACACAGAGGCUUUUUACUGGAAGUACCAUCCCACGCAGGGAUGUUUUAUCCGCGGGCAGCUAAUCCGACUUAAUCCCAUUUAAUAUGUCGCGCUAAUCGAAAGUGCGAAAAUUUUCUUGUCGUGUAUUAGAUUUCAGAUACAUUUUCUUAAUCUUCAUUUCGCGCCAGAAUAGAUUAGUUUGCGCGCAAAGGGCUCCUAAAAAAGUCACAAGGUUCGUCCCACUUCGAGUCCACCUUCUGGAGAUACGCCGGCUUGGUAGCUGGAAUACAUUGCCGAGGCGAAGAUCUGGCAUUUUUUCCUCCUCGUCGUAUUUUCUUCACGACAAAUGUUUAUAUUUGUAGUGAGAAUGCAGCGCAUAUGGAUGGAUUUUACUUCAUGCAGCUAGCUACUUCUGAAAGAAGAGUGCCGGAUUUCAUCGUUUUGUUCAUGUUUAUUAGUGUUGGCAAAUGUAAGGUAAAUGAACCGACCACUGUAAGGCAAGAAUUGAAGUUUUAAAUUUGUUACUCGGCGAAAAAUCGUGGAAUUGGAAUUCGUGAAACCCGUGAGUAUUACCUCUGUUACCUAAUGUCAUGCGAUGACUCCUCGCUUUUUCGAUGCGUAACACGGAUACAAGCGAUAAAUUUCUUUCGCAAAGUGAAUUAUAAUUUACUUAACGAAACCAUUUGACGAAUAUUUCUCGUUAUAUGCUUUAUUUGCUUGGCUUAUUCAGGCUACAUGCCAGGAGUUUGAUGACAAUGUUUGUGUGCUAUAAUUAUGCUGAUAAGUUUCUGCACCUUUAUAUUGAAACUCAUGUAAGCCAAACGUUUGUUCGCUAUAGCAAAACACUCUUCUAUUAUGGAGGACCUUUUAACGUCUUUCGGGGCCCUAAUAUAGUGUCUAAUUUUUAGGGGAAACAAAGCGUGAUUUUUGACCAAACAGACUAUAGCUUUUUUGUCUUUGAAGAGAGCGCGAGGCAAACGUCCGUGAGUACAGUGUAAGCCAGUGAUUCUUUAGACAGAGCUAACAACCAUAGGCUGCACUUUAGGUGGCAGACCCAUGGGUGCAGUGUAACCCAGUGAUUCUUUAGGUAGAGCCAACAAACAUAGGCUGCACUUUAGGUGGCACACCAAUGGGUGCAUUGUAAUCCAGUGAUUCUUUAGGUAGAGCUAACAAACAUAGGCUGCACUUUAGGUGGCACACCCAUGGCUGCAGUGUAACGCAGUGAUUCUUUAGGUAGAGCUAACAAACAUAGGCUGCACUUUAGGUGGCACACCCAUGGCUGCAGUGUAACCUAGUGAUUCUUUAGGUAGAGCUAACAAACAUAGGCUGCACUUUAGGUGGCAGACCCAUGGGUGCAGUGUAACCUAGUGAUUCUUUAGGUAGAGCUAACAAACAUAGGCUGCACUUUAGGUGGCAGACCCAUGGGUGCAGUGUAACCUAGUGAUUCUUUAGAUAGAGCUAACAAACAUAGGCUGCACUUUAGGUGGCACACCCAUGGCUGCAGUGUAACCCAGUGAUUCUUUAGGCAGAGCUAACAAACAUAGGCUGCACUUUAGGUGGCACACCCAUGGGUGUAGUGUAACCCAGUGAUUCUUUAGGUAGAGCUAACAACCAUAGGCUGCACUUUAGGAUAGCGAUUCUUGCUUUAAGAAGAACGUCGGCGUUACCAAAGAACUUUAAACUGUUGCUCCUGAGUAUGGCUGUUUCCGAUGUUGGUGUUGGUUUAGUUGUUCAACCUAUGUACGUGGCAAAUGUAGCCGUUAUGCAUAAAGAAAAAAGCCAUAAUCAUUUUUUCCCAUUAAAAGAUGCCUUCUUCAUCGCAACAAAUUUCCUUUGUGCUGCUUCGUUAAUUGGACUCACAGCUCUAGCUGCUGAUAGAUUCUUGGCAAUUAAUCUUCAUCUAAGAUACCACGAAUUUGUGACUUACAAGCGGGUUGUUUUUGUAGUGAUCUUGAUUUGGAUGUCCAGUGCAAUUAUAGGACUUCUUGUUUUAUGGGACCGUUUGGUAAGCUUCACCUUUGUCCCUAUUAUUACGAUUGUUUCUUUUGUCGUUAUUGCCAUAUUUUAUCUUAAGAUAUACCUAGCAGUAAAAUACCACACAGAACAAAUUGCCGCCAUGCAAACAUCCCAUGGAGGAGAGAUUAAUGAAGAAAUGCAGCGGAACGCAGAGAAACAGAAAAAAGCUGCAGUUUCGAUUUUCUGUGUGUAUCUUGUGCUUGUGGUCUGCUAUUUACCGAAUUUAAUUGUUGUUUGUAUAAAGUUUGCAGACCAAGAAAUUAAUGCUUCACCGUCUUUAUCUGUUUUCAUUGACUUGUUAGUGUUUCUGAAUUCAUCCCUAAAUCCUCUGAUCUACUGUUGGAAGCUGAAACACAUUCGACAUGCUGCUAAAAAUAUACUUGUAAAGAUCUUCUCAUGUCUCAGCUAA